UGUGGAGCAGGCUCAGGACAGAGAAAGUGCGCGGCUGGCUCCGUCUCCUUCCGACGCCCCGCCCCAACCAUCGGGGGGCGGGGGGGGGGGCAGCCAGAGGGGUUUCCAUGGUGACCGCAAACAAGCCCAGCCUGGAGGGUCAGCUCAGGAGUUGCUACCCCCUCUGCCGCCAUGAUACCUCCCGCGGACUCUCUGCUCAAAUAUGACACCCCGGUGUUGGUGAGCCGGAACACGGAGAAACGGAGCCCCAAGGCCAAGCCACUGAAAGUCAGUCCCCGGCAGCCUGGACCCUCGGGUCCAGUCCCACAGCCACCCAAGUCCAAGCUCCCCUCAACUUCCUGUGGCCCAGAUCCUACCAAGCAGGCAGAAGAAAUCCUGAAUGCCAUCUUGCCCCCAAGGGAGUGGGUGGAAGACACACAGCUAUGGAUCCAGCAGGUGUCCAGCACGCCCAGCACCAGGAUGGAUGUGGUGCACCUCCAGGAGCAGCUGGACCUGAAGCUGCAGCAGCGGCAAGCCAGAGAGACGGGCAUCUGCCCUGUCCGCAGGGAACUCUACUCGCAGUGUUUUGAUGAGCUGAUCCGGGAGGUCACUAUCAACUGUGCAGAGAGGGGGCUGCUGCUGCUGCGAGUCCGGGACGAGAUCCGUAUGACAAUCGCUGCCUACCAGACCCUGUAUGAGAGCAGUGUGGCUUUUGGCAUGAGGAAGGCACUGCAGGCCGAACAGGGGAAGUCAGACAUGGAGAGAAGAAUUGCAGAUCUGGAGACAGAAAAGAGAGAUUUGGAGAGGCAAGUGAACGAACAGAAGGCAAAGUGCGAGGCCACAGAGAAGCGGGAGAGUGAGAGACGGCAGGUAGAGGAGAAGAAGCACAAUGAGGAGAUUCAGUUCCUGAAGCGCACCAACCAGCAGCUAAAGGCCCAACUGGAAGGCAUUAUUGCACCAAAAAAGUGAUAAUUUCCAUAUGGGUCAGCAAGCACCACGCCCCACCAAAAGCCCUUUGUAAUAAAAAGCCAGUUUCCUGAGUGAACAAACUAUCCCCUCGCCUGAUCACCAUGCAUGUAAUUGUCAGAUGUCACGCUGUUGAUCCAGAGUUGUCAAACAACUAAGGUCUGGCAGCCAUGUUCCUGGCUGGGCAAUGGAAGGUGCUGUACCUGUCACUGUCUGCAGCUAACAGACUGACCUGGAAAUUUGUCAACUCAGGAAUUUAGGAAGCAAGUGCUUUCUCGUAGAAGUUGCUGAUGUCCACCAAUUAUUUACAGUUUGCAUGUAUCUCAGGCUUCUUUGGCUUCAGCCCUUCUUCAGUGUAAUUUCUGCAACUCAUUUUGGUGCUUUCGUUUAUUCUGUCCUCUCGUAUCCCCACCCACAUCCCACGGAUCCCUUUCUCCUUAGUUUGACUUCCUUGGUUAAGAAAAAACUGGCAAAGUCAAACCCAUCAUCUGGACAAAGUAAAUGUUUGCUGAGUAAGAACACCAAGUCCCAGAGUCCUUUGUGAGCUGUCUGUAUCCCAGGUCCUCUCCCCACCAUUUAUUUACCUUCAACAGAGUAUCAAACCUGACUCCACACUUUCUAAUUAACUAUUACCGAAAGGCUAGGGAGGUAGCAACAUAUCACAUGCAGUUCUGCUCUGGCUGUGGCCUGAAGACAACUUUGUAGACCCAGAAGAUUAAAUUAGUGACCGAAUGUUUAUUAGGGCAGCCCAGGAUGGGAGAGGGCAGCAAGCUAAGUGAUGUCCUUUAGUCAAGACUCAAGUCGCAGCAUUCUUAAGGCAUUGUUUCCAUUUUGUGGCAAUGCCUCAAGCACUCAGUACCCCUUGAAGGGGUGCCAGAAGGGACUCACCCCUCGGCAGCUUUGAUUUGACACCCAUCCUGGUUACGCAGGGCUCACUCCAAGGACUGUGAUCCGUAAGAUAAUUCUGAGCUGAGCAUAGCCUAACACUCUGACCUUAAGUUGGAAGUGACUUUGACCCUCACCCACUCUCCUGAGGAAUUACGUGUGCCUCUGCUAAAGUGACCUGCAGUGCGGGCACCUUCCUGGGAAAGAACUCUUCCUUGCCAUGUUCUAGUUCCAUGAUUCUUGCACAGGAAAGCAAGUGCAUUCCCAAUAGGCCCGCUCAAACUCCACGAGAGAACAGAGGCUGCUGGAGUUCAUACUUUCAAGCCUAACCGUGUACAUCACUGAAGUACUUCUUUUACAGCUUUGAGUGAUUCUGGCCCAAACUACUGCUUAACAGUACAAAGGAAACACCAUUCUUUACGUGCUGUAGUCCUCACCUAUGUCUGUAGACAUAUACAACAGG